GGUUCGCCCGGCGCCGCCAGCUCCGCCCCGCGCCGGUGGCUGCAGCGAAAACCCGGCGGCGACACCCCGCCUGGCCCCGUGCCUCCGCGCCGCCCGGCGAGCCGCACUGGGCAUGCUCGGCACCGGCCGGCUCCGGCUCCUGUAGGUGGGAAGCUCCGCACUCUCGGCCGCCCGCGGCGCAGCCCGCAUCGCUGCCAGGCGCUGGCGGAGGCGGCUCGCCCGCAGUCGGUGCUGCCGGGCGUCGGGCGCGGGGCGCGGAGCGGCGACAGCUCGCAGGCUGGCCAUGGCGAGAGGCGCACGGCGGCCACCUGAGUGGCGCGGCGGCGUCAGGUUCUUAAUCAAGAACCAACUCUAUGGAUCCAGGACAGGUUUAUCCCAUGGCCUGCUCUGAACAGCGUAUUGUCCAAUAGAAGAUUCCAUUGGCAAACCGUCUCUGUUGCCUUAUAGAGCAAGCAAAGAAGAUGGAUCGACUGAAGAACCAUCUGCCUGUGUGCUUUCUACCUACUGUGCCCUUUUUAAUCCUAGUAUCCACUCUAGCGGCUGCUAAGAGUGUGACUAAUAGCACUUUAAAUGGCACUGACAUUGUCUUGGGCUCUGUGCCUGUAAUCAUUGCCAGAACUGACCAUAUCAUAGUCAAGGAAGGGAACAGUGCCUUGAUUAAUUGUAGUGUUUAUGGUAUCCCUGAGCCACAAUUCAAGUGGUAUAAUUCCAUUGGCAAGCUGCUGACAGAAGACGAGGAGAAAGGAGGAGGAAAAUGGCAGAUGCAUGACAGCGGCCUCCUGAACAUCACCAAGGUGUCUUUUUCAGACCGAGGUAAAUACACAUGUGUUGCUUCUAACAUCCAUGGCACUGUGAACAACACGGUGACCCUGAGAGUCAUCUUUACCUCUGGAGACAUGGGCGUCUACUACAUGGUCGUCUGCCUUGUGGCCUUCACCAUUGUCAUGGUCCUCAAUAUCACCCGCCUGUGCAUGAUGAGCAGUCACCUGAAGAAGACCGAGAAAGCCAUCAAUGAGUUCUUUAGGACAGAAGGCGCAGAGAAGCUGCAAAAGGCAUUUGAGAUUGCCAAGCGGAUCCCCAUCAUCACCUCAGCCAAAACUCUAGAGCUUGCCAAAGUCACCCAGUUCAAAACCAUGGAGUUUGCACGCUAUAUCGAAGAGCUUGCCAGGAGUGUGCCUCUGCCUCCCCUCAUUAUGAACUGCAGGACCAUCAUGGAGGAAAUCAUGGAGGUGGUCGGGCUUGAGGAGCAGGGGCAGAAUUUUGUGCGGCACACUCCAGAAGGCCAGGAGGCCUCAGACAGGGAUGAGGUUUACACAAUCCCAAACUCCCUGAAGAGAAGUGACUCCCCCACUGCUGACUCGGAUGCCUCAUCGCUGCACGAGCAGCCUCAGCAAAUUGCCAUCAAGGUGUCUGUGCACCCACAGUCCAAAAAAGAUCACGUGGAUGACCAAGACGGUGUGCAAUUUGAGGUCAAAGAUGAAGAGGAGACAGAACCGUCAGCCGACCAUUCCCCGGAAACUGCAGAGCCUUCCACAGAUGUAACAUCCACAGAGCUAACGUCUGAAGAGUCAACGCCUAUCGAGGUUUUGGAAUGCCAUGUUCUGCAUGGGCCUUAAUCAAAAGAGCUGUAUACGGAUUAAUAUUAAUCUGCAUGAUUUUCAAAGAAGCCUACAGUCACAGAGUUGGAAAAUCAAUGUGAAGUUAUCUAAUUUACGUAUCUUCUACAAUGUGCCUACAUGUAGUAGUUCAGCUCUGCUUGAAAAUCUCUGACAAACGGGGAACUCGUUCCUCAUAGCAGCAUAUUCCAUCAUGGCUGGGUCUUAAGCACUGAGGCAAGAAUUUUAAAAGUGCUACCACACUGGUCCUUGAGUUCCCUGAAGCCAAAAGUGUGAGUUAGUCCUGCCACAAUAAAAUUGUCUUUUUAGUGUCAACACAAAACUAAAAUUGUAAAUGUAUUCAUAUAAAAGGAUUGCAAAAAUGCGGGAUGCUCCUGAUAUGGCUAAUUAACAUGCCAUGUGGCACACACCCUUUUGAGUGAAUGGUUUCUGCCAGUGGGGGGGUGUUAGAGGCAGAAUUCAGGUGAAUCAGGUGCUCGCCUUCCCAGCCCCUGAGAUGUCCUAAGGCUACAGCUCACUGAAUAAAGGGUGGUUCCGCAGGGAGAAAAAAAGCAAAUCAACCAGCAGAUGAAUUGCCUCAUUAUAUUAGUAUACUUUUGAAAGACUAUUAGAACAACUGAAAGAAGUGUAUAUAUAUGUUAUUUUCAAAAAACAAAUCUCUACCAGUGGGGUGGGUUUUCUGACAAUUACUCAUGUUUUAAGAUUCAUUAUGAAAUAGGAGUCCCAGUAAGUUAUGCACACACAAAAAAAAUCACUCUAGCAAAAUUAGAGGACUUUUUGUUCAAUGCAGAUGCUCUAUAACAUCUACUUCCUGAAGUUCUCCAUGAUUCCUAUGAAGCUGAUGUGUUAAUAGAGACCCCUGAAGCGACUGGCACCUCUGGUUUUAGGUCUGAUUGAUUAUUAUGUCUACUGAUGUCACACACUUCUUCCACCUUAGGCAUAUGGCAAGGUGAACAAAGUUCCCCAAAGCUUUAAGAAAAGUCCUCUUUUUUUUAACUAGGAUUUUAUUUAUUUAUUUUUAAGUUUAUUUGAGAGACACAGAGACCGCGAGAGUGGGGGAGGGGCAGAGAGAGAGAAAAGAGAGAGAGAAUCCCAAGCAGGCUCUGUGCUGUCAGCACAGAGCCUGAUGCCAGUCUCGAACCCAUGAAACUGUGAGAUCAUGACCUGAGCCAAAACCAAGAGUUGAACACUUAACCAACUGAGCCACCUACGUGCCCCAAGAAGAUUCCUAAUUCUAACGGUUUUUACACCAAAGGCAAAAAUGACAAGUGUAUCUGGACAAAGAGGUAGGACUCUCUGUCCUAGCUCUACAGAGGGUCCCUAUUGUUGGGUGAUGUUUCCCACGCUCCUCCCUGUUGGCAUUACCUCAGCUGUUCUGCCAGAGGAUGAAGUUACUAUGCUUGAAGUAAAAUGCUGUAUUACAGAACAAAUAGAGUCCAUGAAAAAAAGCAUCUACCAUGAAGUAGACACUUAUCAGUUUAACAUAAAAGAAGUAAAUUUCAAUGCCCGUUAUGUUUGAAAUUAUUUUAAAACUGAAACAUUACACAAAUUAUGACUUGGCAUCAUAUUUGUAGAAAUGUCUUCAUCUGAAGAAGAGAUUUGAAAGUGUUAACACCUUCAAAAAUUGCAGAGGAUUUAAAUACAUUCUAUUUGUAGGAAAUACGAAAAAUGACAGCUGAUGUGGAGCAUCUGUGAUCAUUAAUUUUUUUAAUGUGCAGAUUAUAAUGUUCCUAAUUUUUUGGUCAUCACAAUAAUUACUGUGAUUGAUGAUACUUCUGAAACCCUGCCAGAUCUUGAAAAAAAGUUUAACCCCAAAUUAAAAAUAUAUAUGUAUUAUUCCUGUAUCAUGUUAACUAUUCAUUCCACAAUGAGUUGUAGAUGACUGAGUUAAAUACACUUUACUGUCUGUGAGUCCUUUGAAAUUGGAAAUUGCUAUGUUUCAUACAAGUUCACUAACUCUGGAUAAUGAGACUACUUUAUUAAUCAGAUAGUUUACUCCCAAUCAUUUGGAGUCAAUGAUAGAUUUACAGUGUGAUUAAAAAAGCAGAAAGCUGGAUGAUCUAUAAGUGCUUUUCUUAAUCUGAAGCAAAAAAAUGGAAGACAUUCUGUUUAUAACACAAGAAUAAAACAUUAAUAUGCUAUGCUUCCAAUAGACUGAAUAUUUGUGUCCAUCCAAAAUUCCUGUGUUGAAAUCCUAAUCCCCAAUGUGGUGGUUUUUGGAGGUGGGGCCUUUGGUAGGGGAUUAGAUCAUGAAGCAUGACACUCUUAUGAAUGGCAUUGGUGCCCUUAUAAAAAAGACCCCAUAGGAGCACCUGGGUGGCUUACUCAUUUGAGCGUCUGAUUUUGGCUCGAGUCAUGAUCUCACGGUUUGUGAGUUCAAGCCCCACCAUCAGGCUUGCUGGUGUCAGCACAGAGCCCACUUCAGAUCAUCUGUCCCUCUCUCUCUGCCCUGUCCCCACUUAUUCUCUCAAAAAAAAAAAAAAAAAAAAGCUCCACAGAACUCCCUCAUCCCUUCUGCCAUGUAAGGACACAGCAAGAGGACAGCUGUCUAUGAACCAGAAUGCAGACUCCCACCAGACACUGAUCUUCCCCUCCCUUGAUCUUGGACUUCCAGCCCCCAGAACAUUAAGAACUAAAUCUUUAGGGGUACCUGGGUGGCUCAGGUUAUGAUCUCAGGGUUCGUGAGUUCAAGCCCCACAUCAGGGUCUCUGCUGUCACUGCAGAUCCUGCUUCAGAUCCUCUGUCUCCCUCACUCUACUCCUCCAGCCCCUCUCUGUUCUCAAUAGAAAUUAAAAAAAUAAAAAAUAAAUUAAAAAAAAAAGAACUAAAUCUUUGUUGUUUAAGCCACCCAGUCUAUGGUAUUUUUGUCACAGCAGCCCAAGUGGACCAGGAAAGGAUGAAUAGUGUAAAACAAUGUAAGAAUACCUAAAACAUGCAACUCGUUUCUUCCAAGUCCUUACAUAUGGAUUUGGACUGCCUUUUUAAACAUUUUCCUUAUAAGAUUUUUUCAACACUUCAAUAUAAAAAUCAAUGCAAAUAUAGAAUUGUGAACCUUCAGAUUAUUUUCCUUCUUUAUUAAACAUUUACAUUCACCAGGAUAGGAAAAUCAUAAUAUAGUCACACUUGUCCUCUUUAUAUGAGAUCUAAAGAGAAUGGCUAUGCCUUAUGACAUCAAAUUUAGAUUCAGUACUUUGCCUAAACACAAAAUUGUCUCCAAUUGGUAGCAAAACUGUCUGUAUCCACUGAGUGGGGGCGUGGGGGCGACUGAACCUUGACUAUUCUUUGUGAACAUGUGUGUGUGCUUUUAUGUUGCAUGUAUGGAUUUUAUCUUUCAAAAUACUCUGAGUCUAGAACAUGAAACACAUUUUACUUAGACUUUAUUUUGAUAUAAAAUUGUAGAUUCACUUACAGUUGUAUGAAACAAUACGGAGAGAUCCCAGGUACCCUUUACCCAGUUCCCCUCAAUGGUCGCAUUUCACAAAACUGUGUAGCACACUGUCACAAUAAGGGUAGCAACAUUGAUCUUCAUCAGAUUUCCCCAGGUUUACAUGUACUCAUUUGCAUGUAUGUAUUUUGUGUAUCUACCACCACAGCCAAGAUACAGGGCAAUGCCGUUACCACAAGGAUCACUCACGUUGCUUUCUUACAACCACAUCUGCUCCUGUCCCGCCCCAGAACACAUUUUUUUUUAAUCCGUAAACUCAGAUAACUGAAACGUGUCUGGAACUAAUUCUAAUAAGUGUGUUUUUCCAUAGAACUAUGUUAAAAUCUGUCAGUUACUUCCUAUCUGGUUUCCUGUCCCUCUUGAAAGGACACAAUGAAGACAGAGAGAUGGCUUCUGAAACAUGAAGGAAGAGCACAGCCAUAUAUUUGAAAUUCUAGAAAACACUUGAGAAGUAUGGGAUCUGAAGUACCAAUAGGUCACAGUAUCUUUGUGGGGGAGCUCUUGAACAUCCCACUGGCACCCUAAACUAUUCUUGCAACCAAAAGACACUGAACAUAGAACAAGGGCAUGGUUUUUCCAUGUCUUUAAAAUGUCAAGGGAAGCGGUGCCUGGGUGGCUCAGUCGGUUGAGCAUCUGACUCUUGGUUUUGAUUCAGGUCAUGAUCUCACCGUUUCAGGGGAUUGAGCCCCACAACGGGCUCUGUGUUGGCAGCACAGAGCCUGCUUGGGCUUCUCUCUCUUUCCCUCUCUCUCUGCGCCUUCCCUGUUUGUGCUGUCUCUCUCUCAAAAUAAAUAAAUAAACUUUAAAACAAGUCUCAAGGGAAGAAAAAGUAGUCCCUCCAGUAUCUAAAAUGUCUGGUACUCAUCACCACCCAAGAAAUCCCCAAACUAAGGGAGGCAGAAGUAAAAUCAAGAGUAAAGAUUCAAACAACCUCUGUGAUACUGGCAAUCUUGUCAGCCUUGUAUCCUUCCCUCUUGGACAGGACAGGACUUAGAAUUUAAAUGCCGAGCACCUAGGCCAUAAUAUUGAUUCUGAUGUUAUAUUAAGCAUCAAGGGCCAUAGUAAAACCCUAAUAAUGCCAGUGACAUCUCAAAUAUUGAGAUUAAGACCAUGGGCCAUACUGUUGAGGGAGAAGAUCCUCUGCCAACCCAACUCAAGGGAAUGUGCAGGAGACAGACUCUGGAGCAGGGUCACUUGAGUCUUGAAAGGUCCUCACUCAAAGCCGCUGAAAUGACAUCAUGAAAAAUUCAUUCCUUCAGAGUACCAUUUUUCUCUUAUUACACAAAUACCCUAGACCCUAGUAAUCACCUUAAGCCUCUGUCAGGCAUCGUGAAUACAGAGUAGGAAUUGGUUUAAUCCUAUGACUCUACCCAACAACCAGAUGAAAUCUGAGCACCGAAGGGGCAAGGAGUGUUGAAAGGGUAGAAGAAAAGAAUGAUGUUGUCUCCAAGGAGACUUCCAGAAGGGCAUCCUCCCUGGAUGGAGGGCCAGAGAAGCCAAAAAGCUGCAUGCUGACAUCUUAGAAGCAUAAGAGGAGUUGCAUAAGGGAAAUAUGAGAAAACUAAAAAAAAAAAAAAGAAAGAAUUUAUUUCACACUGUUACCCAAGAUUAGCCAUGCCCAGAUCAUCAGUGAAUUUUUAAAAUAUGGAAAAUAGUAUAUGCAUUAGCUUACACAAAUCAGUCAUUAAAAUCAUAUAAAAUUAUAUUCAUCUAAUUUCUAGUCAAAAAAAAAAUCCCUUCAGUUUUAAUCCUUGUUGUCUCCUCAAUGACAUGAGCUUCAGUGCUUAAAGCAUUGAGUUCUAAGCUAAUCAUCAGUUUCCUGUUUUAAAAGAAAAAUUUUUUAAUGUUUACUUAUUUUUGAGAAACAGAACAUGAGCUGGGGAGGGGCAGAGAGAGAGGGAGACACAGAAUCUGAGCAGGCUCCAGGCUCUGAGCUGUCAGCACAGAGCCUGAUGUGGGGCUCAAACCCACAAACCGUGAGAUCACAAUCUGAGAUCAUGACCUGAGCUGAACUUGGACAUUUAACCAACUGAGCCACCCAGGUAGCCCAGCAGUGUCCUGUUUUAAAAAUCAACUUAUUAAAUCAUUUCUAAAAACUUAUUCCCAGUGGUAGUGGAGGGCAGGCUUUCAGUUGAGUAGCAACAUUAAAGCAUCUUUCAAAUACUUGUUUAUUUUGAGCAUGAUGUAUUAAUUAGGAUGCUUUAUUUCAAUCAAAGUUCAAAAAUGUUCUUUGCAAUUGCCAUAGCAGUAACAUUACUAUUCUGUAUUUUCCACUCAAACCUCAGGAUUAAACACAAAAUCUACAUGCCAUACUCUGACUAUAAUGCUCAAUUUUAUUCUGGUCUAAGUUUUGCUCUUUUUCUGUGCACAUGCUGUAUUUCACAGUCUUAACAAAAUUGUUUCUAGUUCUUUAAAAACAGUGGGAUGUAACAUUUCCUGUCUUUUCUUUUUAUAUUAUUAUUAAAAUAAUUAGAUAAAGCAGGGUAAACCCUUAUGACUUUUCUUUGGUUUCCCCUCUAUAACAAUACAUACUCUUCCUCCAUCUUACAGGCAGGUUAGCCUAAUAGAUGAUACCAUGUUCUAAAAAACAAAAAAAGUGAAGUAAUUUUCCCAAGACUAUACUAAAUUCUUUAGCUACUAGACUGUGAAUUCUAUACAAACAGGACUCGCACCCAUAUUGCCACAGUGCUUCCUGUAGAACCUUAAGGAUUACUGAUGUUUAGUAAACGUUAAUUAAGUAAAAACUAAUAUGUCCUCUAGCUAAUUAGGAUUUAUUGGGAUCGGAAUAACUAUCUUCAUUUAUAGGGCCUCAUGAAGGGCAAAAAGUGCAUUUUGAAGAAUCUCUUUGAACCUAAAACCUACUUGUACAGACUCCCCUGUUCUCAGGAUGGUUUUUCUGGGUAGAUUUCUUUUCUCAUGAAUAGAAUAUAACUUUAAAUGUCUUCCCAUUUUCUUCUCUCUCACACUUUAACCUCAUAUUUAAAAGAGUUAUUUAAAAGUCUCUUGUCCACUCUACUGGUGUCGUGGUGAGACAAUUUUCCACAAUUAAAAUCUGCAGUGAGUUCAAGAGAAAUGAAUUGUGACAUUGAAAUUACUUCUAUGUCAUUACAUGUCAUGUUCUCCACAAGAACUUUACAGUCACUGAAAGAUGGAACAGAAUAAAACCAUGCCUUUUCUGCAGUGAAGAUAUUGGUGGGGACAGUCAAUGAAUCCCUGUUAUAGGUUAAUACAUUAACCGUUCAGAUUGCAUUGGUUUUGUUCUAGGUUUCUUUCACCUCAAAAGAAACCAAAAUUCUAGUGAAAAAUAGGAUUAGAGAAUCCAGUUCCUGGAGCUUGUGCUACCCCCUCAGUAAAUCUUCACCAAGGCAGACUAGCUCUGAUGGAAAUGUAACCCCAAACAGCUGCUGAGUUUCAAUUUUCCUUUCCUACAUGAUCAGGUCCUUAUCUUCCCUGAUUUGCUCUCAAGGCACAAACAGGGUGACACCGCACAUUGACCUCAUUGUAGAAGCAGGAAAAUGGGACUCAUUAAGUGAGGGAAUUAUUUCAAGAUUGAGAGGGCGGAGGUUAUAAACAUAAUCGGCACACCACACCAGCUUAUACAUAUACUGACUGCAAAAUAGUGAGCCUGCACAUUCUGCUGCUGCUCGUGCGUAUUUCUCCUUACACAGCCAGUGCCUAUGCUUGUGAAGGGCCACCGUUCACUCACACCAUUCAUGGGGAGAUAGAGGCCUUCUGCAGCUUGCUGCUGCUUCAUCUUCUCAGUCACCACUUCUUCCCCUACCUCCUCUUCCCUCAGAGAAACCCAAUCUCCCCUUAGCUUUGCAUGCCCCUUCAUCUUGGUCUUCUUACGUGGCAAGUUGGACCAGUUACCCAGCUCUGGCCUCAGCCCCAGUGGGCAAUGGACACUUUUGUUUUCCUCCUAUUUGAAGUUAGCCAGCUGCUUCACAGGCCGUGUGGUGCUCAAAUUUACGCAGGCAACUACUGAAUAUCCGAGAGAUACUAGCAUUUAUUCAUAUUUAUGCCU